UGUAAAAAAGCUUUAAACCAAGUAAUAACACAUGAAUAGCAACGUUCAACACAAUUAGAACGGAUAUAGCAAGUAAUAACCACUGAAUAUUCAGUUCUUAGUUCAUACUUAACCAAAGUUUAUAGUUAAGCAGUUUAAAGUCCAGUCGUAUCGGUGGUAAUGUCGCUACUUGAAAAUGAGUUGUUAAUUUAUUUGUUGUUACAACAUUAACUAUAUUUAUGAAAUAAAAUCUCUCCGACGAUAAUUGUCAAAUCUGUGUGUUUUUCAAAUAAUUUAUAUCUUAAUAUUUGAAAUGGCUCGUUUCCUCUCAAAGGACAAAUUGGAGGGUUUUGAAAAGUAUAAGUAUAAUUCAAUUGAUACAAGUGUAUUAAGUAAUUAUGUGAUGCAUCCGUUUUGGAACUGGUGUGUUCAGUUUUGCCCGGUGUGGGUGGCACCAAACCUUUUAACAUUUUCUGGCUUCCUACUGACAGUCCUUAACUUUUUAUUGUUCUCCUAUUAUGAUUAUGGAUUCCAUGCCCUUACAAAGGAGAAUGUCACCAAUGAUCAUAUACCUAGCUGGGUUUGGGCAGUGUCAGCAGUUAAUUUAUUUGUGGCUUAUACACUUGAUGGUAUUGAUGGCAAACAAGCUCGCAGAACAGGCAGCAGUGGUCCUUUGGGUGAACUUUUCGAUCAUGGUCUUGAUUCAUACUCUACAGUAUUGAUACCUACAUGUUUAUACAGCAUAUUUGGAAGGGAUGAGCUGAGUCCAUUGCGAUUUUUCUUUGUAAUAUGGAAUAUAUUUUUGAAUUUCUAUCUAACCCACUGGGAAAAGUACAACACUGGAGUUAUGUUCUUGCCUUGGGGAUAUGACUUUACUAUGAUUGGCUCCUGCAUCCUGUUGCUGGUGACUUCAGUGACUGGCCCGCGUGCAUGGCACGUAUCAUUGCCCGGAGGCAUCACUCCCGGUAUCGUAUUCGAAAUUGUCCUCUACUUCUCUGCGAUGAUUACCAGCCAGACUAUCAUAUUGUGGAAUAUUUACAAAUCAUACCGCGAUGGCACCGGUAAGAUGCGACCGUUCAUAGAGGCGAUACGACCUCUCAUACCGCUGGUACUUUUCUUCUGUCUGAGCACUAUAUGGGCGCUGUACUCGCCCACUGACAUUCUCAAUAGAAGUCCGAGGCUGUUCUACGUACUCACCGGGACUAUUUUCUCUAACAUAAACUGUCGUCUAAUCGUAUCCCAAAUGAGCGACACCCGCUGCGAAGUGUUCAACGGUCUGCUGGUUCCGUACGCGCUGGUGCUGUGCGCCGUGUUCGGGCUGCGCGUGUCGCCCGCCUCCGAGCUGCUGCUGCUGCUGGCGCUCACGGCCGCCGCCUCUCUCGCUCACAUCAACUACGGAACCAAAGUGGUGCAGGAAAUGUGCCAACACUUUAAAAUCUCCUGUUUCCAAAUCAAGCCAAAGAUAAAAUAAAGUUAAAAAUAUUAUAUUUACAUAUGGAAAUAUGGUCGUAAUUUAUUAUUAGAUUUUUAUAUCAUCUAUUAUAUGACAUUUCGAUGAUUUGUUUUGUUUAAACGGUUAAGUUAAAUUGAGGAAAUUAUUUACCAAUGAUAAUGAAAUUCUGCAAGGUAACGAAAUUAUUUUAUUUGUAGACUAUACAAAUGCUAUGUAGUUAAAUUGAUAAACACACUUUGUAUUUGCGGUAAGGUCUGUCUGUGAACUAUGGACUUUGAACUACUCCUUACUAAUUCGCCAAGUGUUUUAAUAUUACCGUUUCAAAUUAUAUUAAACAUUAAAAUUAUCUCAUACAUUCAUGAUGUACUCUUGUAGAUGUUUCAUGUGUGUUAUAGUAGAUUUGAUGUAAUUCUUAAUGUUAUACCUCUGAUGAGAAUCUCUGCAUUUAAAAAAUCUAAGUGUGAAUAGUUAUUUAACGGCUAGUCAUAUGUAUAUAUGUAUAACAUAUCAUAGAUAAAAUUAUUGUAUAUGUUUUUUUUUUAGGAAAAUUUGUAUUUUAAAACAUGAAACCAAAUAUAUAAAUGACGCUGGUGAUUUGUUAUAUAAUUUGCAUAUUGUAAACUGUUGUUGCAGUAUGAGCACACUCAAAUUUAUUUAUCCCGACAGUAAUUUAAAAUGAAUGGGGACACUAUGCACAGCCAUUUCUAUAGUGAUUUAAUUCCUUGUACUUAAUAAUAAGACUUCCAAAAUGUUAUAGUCUUCAAAAAUAUAUUAAAAUGGAAUGAGUGGAGGCUACUAAUUUUGACAACAUUUUAGCUUAGUUUCUUGAAGUUGUUUAGUUUUCAUAAGAAUCACAACCCACUUAAUUGGUCCGCGUUCCACUUUUUUUAUAUAAUUAUUUUAACCGUAACGAAAUCACUACACUAUUUUAUUUAUCUUUUAAACAAUGAUUUCAUUCAAAACAUUUUUUUUUGUAACUUAACAUUAUAGUUGUACAAUCAAUUAACAAUUUAGCAAUUUAAAAAAUUGUCAAUCUUUUUUAACUUGCAUUAAACAUUCAUAUAUUGGGUAUUCAUUUUGAGUGUGCUCAUGUCAAUGUAUUUUUUAGUAAUAUUAGUAAAAUAAGUCAGGGCAAACGGAGUAUAGUGUAGAUAAACAACUAUCCAUGGCAGCUUAAAUCUUACAACAAUGUAUAAAUAUAAGCAACGGUGGGAAACAUUAACACAUACAGUUAUCUGUAUUUAGACUUGGGUUCCUACAUCUUAGGUCACUAUUUACAAAUAAAAAUUGUGCAUCGAAAAAAAAAACCUUUUUUUUUCGAAGUGCAGCAGCACAGAAUAAUUAAUUAUUCGUGUUGCAUUUUAGUAUUUUUUAUCGUCAAUUAUUACGUUUUUAUAAUCGCUUUUGUUCAAAGUCGCAUGUCUUGCCAAGUAUAUUUAACUAAAUGAGAAAGUGGCACGAUUUUUUAAGUUUCUCGUACUGGCUGUGAAAGUACGGUAUCCAGGGGUCAUAUCGCUAAUUAUCUCCUCGAGCGUUAUUCUAGUUUUGAUAUAAAAUUGUUUUUAAUUGUUAUAAACUAACUUAUCCAGAGUCUCUUGUUAUAAGUUAAAAUUAUUUGAAAAAGGUGGCUUCGCAUCUUGAUGAGUGUUUUUUUUGAGCCCCUUGAGCUAAACAUAUAUAUAGAUAUAUUGCUGAGCCUAUAGGCCUUGAUAUGAUAUAUUAGUGUGUCGGAUAUAAGUUAAUAGAAAUUUCUUUGUUGUUAUAGUUUUAAUAGCUUUUUAAAUACAGUAAUUAAAAAUGGAAAGAAAUUUUAGAACCUCCUAACCUUUAUAACGAAAUCAGUUAAGAACAUUUUCAUUGAUUCACCACUCCAAGAAAGUUUUGUUAUUUUAAAACAUUAGAAAAUAGCGGAUCCCCCAUACGCCUAAAUAGAUUAGAAUUUCUUAAAGUAGUUGUAUAUAGUAAACUACAUUAUCAGUGUUUGUAGGUCUAAACAGAUUUCUUAUAUUCUUGAAAAGGGUUUUUUUGUAUAUUUUAUAAUAUCUUAUUGGUUUUUUUUUCAAUGCUAUAUAUAAAUUUUAGGUUUUUAAGAAGUUAGAUUCGGAUUUUUUAUUGCAAAUAUAUUUUAAAAUCCUUUAGGGUUAUGGAACUUAUACUGUUUAUUUUGCUGGUAUGAGCUGUGCUAGUAUUGGUAACCUACCUACGAAAAAUAAAUUUUGGAUAAAUGCUAGAAAACCACUUCAUAUAUAGAUCUUGACGUCAUCGUCUAGGGAUUCAAAGUCGGUAGACUAAAAUUUAUUUAAAAAUUUUCAAAAAAACAAAUUUCAACAAAAAAAAAAGGUAUUUUUUGUUUCUAUUUCUUUCAAAUGAAAUAUUUUUAUCUUUGUAAGAAACAUCUUAAAUCUAUUUGUAACUUAGCUCAGCUAGUAAGCAGCAAAUUGAUUAAUUAAGUCAAAACUGGCGAUUUUAAAUGAUGACUGCAUAAAAAUGUCACAGAGGUUUGAGUCUUGUAUAUUUUUGUUAUCCUGGUAUGUUAUGGUCAUAUAAUAACGAUUAUGUAUAAUUGUUUUAUAACAUUUUCACAGUUACUAUUUACAGAUAUAUGGUGAGGUAUUUAGUUUACGGUAAUUAUUAUGUGCUCAAUAUUUAAUGUACCUGUUUAUUUUUUAAGAUUUCUUUAAAAUACUAAAUGUCAAAUGAUGAAAUUGUGUAUUUUAUUUGUACUUUUAUCGUAAAUUGAUUUUUUUUCCGUAAAUUAUUUCCUAAUACCUAUAUAACAAACAGUUAUUUACUAAUUAUGUACACGGUCUUGGAUUAUUAUUGUUUAUAAAAGCUAUUUUUUUUCAAUUUUAAAAUAAGUAGACUGGCAAGAGCGCUACCAGAUGGUAACUGAUGACCGCCAUGUCGCCACCAGUAGACAUUGGUUAGAAAUAUUAACCAUUGCAAACAUGUUGAAUGCAUCACUAACCUUGGGAACUAAGAUGUUGUGUACCUUGUGCCUGUAAUUACACUGGCUCACUCUUCAAACAAGAACACAAUUAAUACUAAAUAUUGAUGUUUGGCGGAAAAAUAUGUGAAAAGUAUACUGGUACUUCACCAGACGGGCUUGCACAAAAACCCUACUACAAAGUAAAUUAAAGCAUACAAUUCAAUAAUUGUUUUCAACUCUAGCUAAAUUUUGUUGUGGAAUAGGUGCAAUCAAGUUUAAUACAUUGUGUUAUGUACAUAUACUGAUUUUGGUAAUAAGUUAA